AUGUUGAUCUGUAGUAUUUUGAGCGUGUUCAUAGUAUAUCAUAGUUUUCUUGGCAUCCAUGGUGCAUGUCCUGCCAAGCGCCAUGAGGCCGAUCAAUUCGAAGCUCAAUUGCAUACAGACCUGUUUUGUGCGUACAGCUCUACUGGCCGACCAGUGCAGGAUCACAAAAAUACUAUCAAUGUUGAAGUUAGAUUUGCCAUCACAUACAUUAGUUUUGACACGAUAGAAGAAGUAUUCACUGUUCACAGCAAAAUAGCUAUGACGUGGCGAGAUGAGUUAUUGUUCUGGGACCCUAUUAACUAUGGCGGCAUCAAAGAAAUCCAAGUAGACGGUCUGAAUAUUUGGACGCCGCGUAUGGCGCUGUACAAUUCAGACACAUCAAGAAGUCAAUUUGCUGGUAUAUUUACAACAUGUUCACUGCUAUAUAAUGGUACAGUGACUUGCAGUCCGCACGAGACGCACUCUGGCUUAUGUCGCACAUGGCUACGAAACUGGCCUUAUGACAAGCAAAAGUGCACAUUCUUUUUCGGUUCAUGGAUAUAUACCGGAGAACAGGUGAAUUUUACUUUUUCUGCUAAGGGAGCAGUGGUCUACGAAAACUUCGAUGACGGACCUGGUUGGAAAUUACUCGACAUUACGCAUACGCGGUUACCAGGUAACUACGGACAGAACGAGACGUAUCCCUCGCUUAAGUACGUGUUCGAACUUCAGAGAGAGGCUAAAGGGCUCGAGGCUAUUAUUGUUGUGCCUUGUUUAGUACUGCUUAUAAUUACAACUGUAACUUUGCUACUGGAUGUUAAAGGAGACACGAGGGUGGCGUUGCAGUGUUUUACCUUAUAUGGUCAUUUUAUUUUUUUGAAUGAAAUCAUGGUAAAUAUUCCGAAACAAAAUUUGGAGACACCAAUAAUACUCUUGUUAAUAAGGGAUUCAACAAUUAUGUGUUUCUCUUCGAUAGUGCUGACAUUGUUACUGACACCGCUUCGCGAGUGUACCGAUGAGCCCCCUUUGUGGUUGCUGAAACUGCUUCAGGUGUUGACUAGUGGGCCUGGCAAGUACAUAGUGUUUACUGAAUUCGACUCUAGCGAUAUAAACGAAAAAAACGCACUUGCCGAACAAGACCCCAAUGAAGACCAAACGUCUAAUGUGUCCGUUUGGAUGACAUUUGACAAAAUCAUUAUUUUCACCAAGUUCGAGUCGAGUGACAAUACUAAGAACACAGACGACGCCAAUGUUGAUGAGAAACUUUUGAGUGCAUUAGAACGCAUUAAACUCGCUGAUGGACACAUUCGAGACAACGGAGGAAACGGGAAGCUGAUUCCAAAGGAUGAGGAUGAUGAGGAAAGGCUGAUUGGAACCAAUUAG